AGAGAGAGAGAGAAAGACAGACGAAAACAAGGAAGAAGAAAAGAAAAAAAAUCUUUUGAAAAGCGUGUCGCGUUAAUGAUAGGCAGUUAAGAGGCGGGAAAGUAGUACGUUAGCGAAAAUCGAAGAAAUGUUUAUCCGCGCGCAAAAACGAAGAUUUUGACUUACAAACAACGGGCACCGGAUUUCACGAUCCUGGUGAGGCGCACUACUUUUCUCCUCUCUCGUCUCAUAGCGCCGCGCACCGGUGCUUGCAGGUCGGUGUUCUGCUAUUGGUCGAGCCGUGGCACGAUGGUGGGGAUGAGAAGGCACCGCGUCACGAAGCGAGGCCGAGGAACUGUGAGGCGCAUGUAUCAAUGCGCAAUCGCAUCUGAACGAUUGACGGAGUCGGGGAGGUCCGAGGAAUAAACAGAGUAGCGAGACCGCGCGACGGAUAGAGAGGGGGUGAAGCGGAGAGAGUGAGGGAGCGAGUACGAGAGAGAGAGAGAGAGAGAGAUAGAGAGAGAGAGAGAGAAAGAGACAGAAAGAAAAAAGAGAGAGAGAGAGAUAGAGAUAGAAGGAACAAGCAGCGAGACGAUCACGAUGCACAGAGGCGAGCACAAGCGGCCAGGGGCACAGGGCUGAGGGCUGAGGGCUCAACAGGGCCUUUUACGACAUUUUACGGAAUCUGGCGCGGAUCAGCCAGCAACGAUGGAACAGCCAAAAACUCCCGCGUCCCGGCUACUCAGUACAACCUGCAUCGAGAACAAGGACGACCUGGAGGAGAAAUUUGAAAGAUGCUAUGGCGUACUCCAAAAUCUGACUACAGGCCUGUCUGAAAAGGAAGCACAUGAUACCCUGAACAAUGCAGUGUGCAAAGACAAAACGCACGAAGAGGUUUCCUUGGGAUUAUUGGUUGUUAUUUUAACGGAUCCACAGAAUGCCUCAAAAAGUUAUAGAGACUUAACGCUUAUAACAAGAGAUGGUCUUGCGAUUGUGUUGGGACAUCUUAAUCAGUUGGUACUGGAAAGGUACCUCAGACUGAAUGACGUUACCCGAAGUCAACUUUUGUGGUUGUUACGUGAAAUGAUAAGGACUAGCGUAGCUAAUGUUGAUAAUCUUUGUUUAACUUUAUUGAGACACGCGGCUGGCGGAGAUAUCUCCCAAAGAAAUCUGUUCCUAGUCGAUGCCCUUUUGGAUAUAUUUCAAGAAAAUCGGCCAUGGCUGGACAAAUUUCCUUUUUUGGUAGCAUCUAUCGUUUAUACAUAUUUACGAUUAAUAGAAGAUCACAAUGGUCCUCAUCUGACUGGUCUUCGACAAAAAGAAGUAACUUUUACAGUAUCCCUUUUGAGGGAAAGAAUGGUGGACUGUUUAGUUAUUGGAAGGGAUUUAGUGCGCUUAUUACAAAAUGUUGCAAGGAUACCUGAAUUUGAGGGACUUUGGAAAGACGUAUUAUUAAGCCCAAAAUCUCUAUCACCGAAUUUCAAUGGGAUUCUUCAACUUUUACAAACGAGGACAUCACGAAGAUUUCUUCAAUCAAGGCUUACCCCAGAUAUGGAAAGAAAAUUGGUUUUUUUAACAAGUCAAGUUCGUUUUGGAAAUCACAAGCGUUAUCAAGAUUGGUUUCAAAGACAAUAUUUGGCAACACCCGAAUCUCAAUCAUUGAGGUGUGAUCUAAUACGUUUUAUCGUCGGUGUUAUACACCCAACCAAUGAAUUAUUAUGCUCGGAUAUAAUACCACGGUGGGCGGUGAUAGGAUGGUUGUUCACCACUUGCACCUCGACCGUAGCUGCAAGUAAUGCCAAAUUAGCUUUAUUUUACGAUUGGCUAUUCUUCGAGCCGGAGAAAGAUAAUAUAAUGAAUAUCGAACCAGCAAUUCUUGUCAUGCAUAAUUCAAUGAGAUCUCAUCCACCUGUUACUGCCACGCUUUUAGAUUUUUUAUGCAGAAUAAUACCAAACUUUUAUCCAGCAUUGACGGAAAAAGUUAGAAAUGGGAUAUUUUCAUCUCUGAGACAAAUUUUAGAAAAACGAGUGUUACCUAGUCUUUAUCCGCUAUUUGAUAGUCCUAAGUUGGAUAGAGAAUUAAGGAGCAAAAUUAGAGAAACCUUUAAGGAAUUCUGCUUACCACCUAAUGCAGAUCCAGCAGGCAAUAAGGUUCCGAUAUAUUCAGGUAAAAUGGAAGAUCUUAAUAAGGAUCUCAAUUCAGGACUUAUCUUGGAAAAUACGACGAGUGUACCAGUGGAAAAUAAUCAUGUGGGACAAGAUCCAGAACCGGCAUUCAGCGACGAGGAAGAAGAAAUGCCACUCAGAAUAGUAACGAAAGUAGAAGAGGAGGAAGAUGAGGAAGAUGUACCCUUAGCUACAGUGAAACUUAAGAACGAACAAAAGAAUGCAAAUUGUGUUGCAAAAAAGGAAGAUAUUACGUCUCAGUUAAAUCUUAUUUUAGAACCAGAAGAAUUGAGAACUGCCAUUGGAAGCCUACAUAGUGAAAGUGACAAUGAAAUCAGAUGCCAAGCGGUCGAGAGAAUAGUACAAAUGGUCGUGGAAGAUGAGAUAGAUGCAGAAACAGUACCAGGUUUAGCGUCUUGUCUAUCGACCAUUUUGUCGACACAAAUAACAGCACAGAUAUUUCCAUCGGAUAAUUUAAACGAGGAAUCAUUGACUGAUAGUAUAAGCACGCCAUUGUUUGUUAUGUUUCGAAAUCAGUAUCAGUUAUGUAAAGAAGAAGACAAUAGGAGAAAACUUUUAGCUAGAGUACUCGCUGAAAUGUAUUCUAUUCAGCCAAAAAUAGGAUAUCUACUUCUAUAUUUUUUAAAAGUAUGGGGUAGAGAGGAAGAAAAGAGGGAAGGGGAACCAAGCAAUGUAUUAAACGACGUAAAAGCAUCCGUUUAUAAGGACUUUUGUGCACAGAGAGAAAAGAAAUUAGAUGCGUGUUUAGUGGCUGAUUUAAAAUUAUGUCACGAAGACAACAUAUUCAUGUUGUGUUACUUGGUGCCUGACAUAUAUACUGGAUUUCAAAACGUAGCCCUAGGAAACGUCCAACUUUUGCAUUUGGUCGUAUCGACUAUUGAUGCAUGUCAAUUACAGGAAUUGGUUUGUCAGAUAAUGCAAGGUCACCUUAAAAUGUUAAAGAAAGAAUCUUUCACUUCUUUAUUAACAGCAAGUUUAAAUUGGGAAACCUUCGAACAGUACUGUUUUUGGCAGUUAAUAUUUGCUCAUGAUUUUCCCAUUGAGUAUGUGUUGCCAGUAUUACCGAAAUUGCAAUUCCGCGAUCAUGCAGAAGCACUCACGUCGAUACUAUUUAUGCUUAAGCAAGAAAAACCUACUCUGGAACUUUUACGACAGCUACUUGCUCGACAAAAUGUGGAUGGUGAUAUGUUCGUAGUCGCAGCUUUACGUUAUUGGUGUCGUGAUUAUGAGGAAAAACUUGGAGAAUUAUUAGCAAAUCUUUUAAGUACACGCUAUCCUGCAACUAGUCCAAAUAAACGGAAACGUUCUGGAGCAAAGCACAACCAACAAUCUGGACCACCGACGGGCGAACAGGUUUUGGGACAUUUGGAUCAGUUGCGUCAGCAUUGUACAUCUUCUACGGAAUUACAAUUGUAUCAUAUGGAAGGGAUGCAGAGAGCGUUGCAACAAGCGCAAGCUGCCAGUAGCGAUUCUCUCAGGAAGAGUUACGGUGAUUUAUUCGCUUUAGCGGAAGUCAAUGAAGAAAAUGAACCACCACCACCGCCGCCAACAAGUUCGGCGAGAAAACACGCGGCAGCUUCGGGCGGGGGUGGGGGCGGUGGGGCCGGCGGCAAAGGGGGAAAUAGGAAAGUUGGAGUUAAUACGAGGGAAAGGACGAGUUCGAAAAAACAGAUUCAGUAUCACCUCGACAGUACAUCCAGUAGCGAGGUAACCAUUUCACCAGAGGAAAUCGUAAAUCCAAAGCAAGCGAAAAAGAGAAAAAAGAUUAUAGUGGGCUCGGACAGCGACUGACCACCCAGUGUCUUCACAUGUCACAUGGACCACGUCAUGUGUGUGCAGCAAGAUAAAUUAGCCUUAAGAAUAGUAAGAUAAUACGAUAUAUAUAUAUAUAUAUAUAUACAUAUAUAUAUAUAUGUAUAUAUAUAUAUAUACACAUAUACAUAGUAGAUUUAUCUAGCGCGACUUGUAAAUAUAUUCUACGUUGGAUAAUGGAUGUACGAAACGAUGUUGUUGGCCCGAGUCUUACGCGUUUCGUAAUCUAAAAAUCGUAGUGGUGCCAGACUCUCGUUAUUAUCGUUAAAUGUAUAUGUAUGUAUCCUCGAUUAGUUUUCUAAAAGUAAAAAUACUCUUAUCAUAUCGACUUAUCGACGAGUAAAUUUAUUAUCGACUAGAGGUGAGGCGUGACUAUCGUUUGUCGGACGAAAAAAUUUUGCGAAAAAGAAAUUACUUUCAAUUGUGUACAAAUGAAAAAUUCUAAAUGAAUAACUUUGACCUGGCACCAUUACACAAAAUGGGGUAAAGCAAUGCGGUCUUACUCCAAUAAACAUGUUAAAUUUGUAAUUGUAAAAGCAUCGAUCCACAUAGUAUUUUUAUGUGGAAAGAAAGUCAGCGCGUGCAAGCACCUAUGUCGUGCUUAACAUAUUUACCAAUGAUCUUUUUUACUAAUUAUGCGAUUAUCAUACUCCGAUCAAGUUGUUAUUGACAAAUAUUGAUUUUGUCGAUUUAGAUUAUUGACAAUUAAUUAUUUCUUGAUUUAAAAUAUUUGACACAGCCGUAAAUUAUUUUAACAGAAAAUAUCUUUAUAUAGUAGAGAAUCGUUUUGAAAUAAUAUUGUGAAUAAUUUUUGUCGUUAGGAUUCAUGUGUUAAUUCCUAAGAUUUUUCUAUAAUAUCAUAUAGUUUACAUGCGUCCGUUAUACUUUUGGCUUGGAGAGAGAGAGAGAGAGAGAGAAAAGAAAGAGAAAAAUAUUUGCAUAUUGCACAAAGGAUAAACUAAGUAAAUUCAAUGAGAAAUCGGAUCUUCGUAAUGAUAUCUUUGUUAUAGAAUUUUUGAAAA